AGAGCGAGCUGGCCAUGCAGCUGGAGUGCUGCCAGACGGAGGUCGAAUUCGUCCGCAGACGCCUCAAACAGACGGAGGACAGACUGGAGACGGAGAGACAGAGCCGACAGCAGCUCGACGCCAAGGUGGCCGCUCUGCAGGCCCAGCUGGAGCAGUCCAGGCGGAGUGCGACGGAACUGAAGCGUCACUGUCGCCGUGUGACCUCUGACCUCCAGGACGCCCGAGUCCUCACCGACAGCCUGCAGAGCCGCAUGCACGAGGUGGACCGCAAACAGAGGAGGUUUGACAGCGAGCUGACUCAGGCUCUGGAGGAAGCCGACACUGAGAGAGAGCAGAAGGACAAAGCCUGUCAGGAAAGCACAGCCCUGGGAGCUGAGAUAUACGGCCUGCGCCGCAACCUACAGGAGAGCCAGGCGGAGGUGGACCGUCUGCAGAAGCAGAAGGACGAGCUGUGCGCUCAGAUCCGUGACCUCAGCCUGCCGGUCGACCUCGCCUCCGAUUCGCUGCCCGACCUCAAGAAGCAGCUCCGCCUCCUGGAGGGUCAGAGCGGCGAGAGGGCGCAGGAAGUCUCCGAGCUCACCGCCAAAAUACAGCAGCAGCAACAGGUCCACAUGCGCUUUGAGAUGGAGAUGGAGAGGAUGAAGCAGAUGCACCAGAAAGAGUUGGAGGACAAAGAAGAGGAGUUGGAGGACGUGCACAAGUCCUCUCAGAGACGGCUGAGGCAGUUGGAGAUGCAGUUGGAGCAAGAGUACGAGGAGAAACAGAUGGUGAUUCAUGAGAAGCACGACUUGGAAGGACUCAUAGCAACUCUGUGUGACCAGGUCGGCCACAGGGACUUCGAUGUGGAGAAGAAGCUGAAGAGAGACCUGAAGAGGACUCACGCCCUGCUGGCCGACGCCCAGCUGCUGCUCUCCACCGUGGACAACCCGGGGCAGCACCUCCCCAACGGCAGCAAGGAGCAGAUCGAGCGCCUGCACUGCCAGCUGGAGGAGAGCGAAGCGAGGCGGCUGGAGGCGGAGAGCGUUCAGGGGACUCUCUCUCAGGAGCUGGAGAACGCUCAGAUUGAGCUGGAAAAUAUCUGCAAGCAGAAGAGUUUGGCGGACGCGCAGUUGUCCCUGCUGCAGCACAAGAAGGUGGACCUGCUGAAGAGGCUCGAGGAGGACCAGGAGGACCUCAAUGAGCUCAUGAAGAAGCACAAGGCGCUCAUUGCUCAGUCGUCCAGUGACAUCACGCAGAUCAGAGAGCUGCAAGCUGAGCUGGAGGAGGUGAAGAAGCAGAGGCAGUCUCUGCAGGAGGAGCUCCAACAGAGCGUGUCGAGGGUGCAGUUCCUGGAGGCGUCCACCGUGGGGCGCAGCAUCGUCAGCAAACAGGAGGCGCGUGUGUGUGACCUGGAAAAUAAACUGGAGUUUCAGAGAGGGCAAGUCAAGAGGUUUGAGGUGCUGGUGCUGCGUUUGAGGGACAGCGUGGUCCGUCUGGGAGAAGAGCUGGAGCAGAGCGCCCAGGCCGAGGCUCGGGAGCGAGAGAACGCCCGCUACUACCAGCAGCGCCUGCAGGACAUGAGGCUGGAGAUGGAGGAGCUGGUCCAGGGAGAGCAGGACAGCAGCCGCAGGCGCAUGGAGCUG